AUGCCGGCACUCCCCCGGCCCCCACCCUGGAACUCUCUCGCAGAGAAAGUCCGCGCCCUCAUAGCAGAACAGCUACCGCCAGCACCCAUCUCCAUCGCAGAGGAAAUCCCCAGCCUCAUCGCAAGACAGCUCAGUGACAACGAUACAACAUUGCACAAUAACCCUUUAAUUACCACUCUUGCUUCUAAGGGAACCCCAUUGUAUAAAAGCAGAAAGUUCUGGGCCAUUGGUGGUGUCCUCCUUGCAAUCAUCAUCAUCGGUGCCGUCUGCGCGGGCGGGGCCAGUGGAAAGGGUGAUUCUAGCCAAGAGGCCGAUUACUCGGACUCGGGCUCGGAGGGCAAGCUAAGUGCAUGGCGCCACAAGAAGAAACAGGAGGCAAGAAAAAGGGAAGUUGAUUUGGCUACGUGGGAGGCUUAUGAGCGAGCCAGGGAAAACGAAACCGAGGCAAAGCUUGAAGCAGUGCAGGACACAACGCGCAACGAGAUUCCUCUUGAACUUGGCAUCCAAUUAAGUUUCCAGUUUGCCACAAAGAACUAUCUGGAAGCAACGCAGGGGAAAGUCCGUCCAGCCCCUAACCCAGUAGACAAGUCUAUAAAGGGUCACCCGCCCGCCCACAACUCAUCCCCUUACUCUACCCCAAAAAACCUCAUCAAGUUGCUAGGGUGGCAGAAGACCAUCCACCAAGAGCAUCACACACCAAGCAACGCAAGAUCCCUUCAGCUAGCCUACUGGCACUUGGGCUACUUUACUCUCUUGCUCCAAGUCUUUCUUCAUUUACCCAUCUACUACUUGACUCUAAACACCCAGAGUCGUACACAUCAUCUAUAUCCAUCUACCCGCCCAUCCAGCAGAGAAUCACCCACAAUGCUAGCACUCGCUAAUUACUCACCGUGGGUCUCCGUUGCGAAGAAAAUCCCAGCCCUCGUCGCAAGACAGCUCAGGGAUAACGAAUCUUCAACGAUUAGUCUUCUUUCUUCCGGGAACGCGUGGUACAGAAGCAAGAAGUUCUGGAUCAUUAUCGGCAUCAUCCUUGGUAUCGCCCUUAUCGUGGACAUCGGCCUCUGCGCGGGGAGUCACAGUGAGAGACGCCAGGCCGAACCGCCAAAACUAAUGGCGGCGUGGGAAGCAGAGGAAGCAGAGAGACAGGAGAGCUCUAGGAAGUGGCAGACCGAGAAUGACCGCAGAGAGGCUGAAACAGCAGCUAGAAUAAAAAAACUGGAGUUGGAACACGAAGAGUACCACAAGCUCAAGAAGAAGAAGGAUCUAGAGAAAGAGUUCAAGGAAGACCAGAAGAAGGCAAUGAGAAAGGCAAGGGUAAAGAAAAUGAUGGAAAACAGGGAGAAUCUCAGAUUCAGCGAGUAG